UGGCAGUAUUCCAUUAUGACUUUCGUAAGUAUUGGCGGCGUGUCAACUGCGUCAUCAGGACGCGACGACCACAAAGCGUUCAACAUGGCAGAACCAGAAGAGCAACGAAAAAUAAAACUGGUCCCAGAGAACCUUUUGAAGAAAAGAAAGGCCUAUCAGGCGAUCAAAGCAACUCAAGCAAAACAAGCAUUGCUUGGAAAGAGAAAGUUACAGAAAGGUAAACAACUGAAGUUCAAGCGUUUUGAAGACUUCCUAAAGGAAAGCAGGGUAAAUUUCCGAGAUGAAACCAGAUUAAGACGGUCAACACAAAAACCUUUCCGUCGCACACAGCCUGUUACUUCAUCUCUUGGAUUUGUUAUUCGAAUUCGACAGAUCAAAGGUGUCAGCCCUAAGGUGCGUAGAGUAAUUAAGCUUCUGCGCUUGAGAAAAAUCUUCAGUGGCUGCUUUGUCAAGCUAAACAAGACCACUCUGGAUGAGCUGGAGGUAGUGGCACCAUAUGUAGCAUGGGGUUUUCCUAAUCUGAAAUCUGUUCGGGAGCUGAUCUUAAAGAGAGGGCAAGGUAAAAUUGAGAAGAAGAAAGUCCCUCUGACUGACAACACCGUUAUUGAGCAACACCUUGGAAAUUAUGGCAUAAUCUGUUUGGAAGACCUCAUUCAUGAAAUUUUUUCAUGUGGAAAACACUUUAAAGAAGCCAGCUUAUUCCUUUGGCCUUUUAAAUUAUCAGUGGCUCGUCAUGCAGCAAAAGAUAAAGCAGGACUUUUGCGUGACAUUGGUGAACCAGGGCCACGGGGGGCAGACAUCAACAGAGUUAUCAGACAGCUUAAUUAAAAACAUGGGUCAGAAAUUGGAUGAAUGGAAAUGGACAGAAUUGGUUUUACUGUGUAAAACUGAACACAAAACUGAGUAGUAACUGCUGAAUAAGAUUUUUGGAUGAAAGUAACAAGUGACUGUUUGGUUUCUUGCCAAAACAUUUCAAGAAUUUAAAAAAUGUAUUAAGUAUGGAAUUAAAAUGAAGACUCAAUCUACAAGCUUGUUGAUGAUGUAGACUGUGUUACUACUAAGUAUUUUGAACACCACCUUAAAUACUUUUGUUACUAUUAUAAACAAACCAAGUGUAAAUAAAACAUUUGCAUUGUAUGAAGUGUACAUUAAAGUUUUAAAUAUGUAUAUUAAAGUUCUUUUGAAUGGAGUAUCUUUUGAAUAUUUCAUUCUAUGAGGGCUACAGACUUGGAGCAACUGAAAGUUUUUAAUUAUGUCUUACCAGUAUUUUUUUGGGAUCUUGGUUUCAUUACAGUGAAGUCAUGUUUUAAAUGUGUUAAGCUUUCCUAAGGCUCUGUCUUUUACAAUCAUUUAAAAAUGUUUGGAAAUAUCAAAGAUUCUAAGUUAUGAGUAGGAGUGUAUGAUAUUUAACGUCUAUGAUAAUAUCUUAAUUGUUGUUUUAGCAAUGUGCAAGCUGAAAUUACUGAGUAUGUCACUCACUUAGGGG